AUGAAGGGCUCCAUCCUCGCCGCCGCCGCGGCCUUCACCGGUGUCACCGCCGCUGCCCACCGUCACGCCCACGCCCACGCCGACCUCUUCAAGAGGGGCCCCGACCAGGCCUCCAUCUGUGUUCCCGGCUGCACCACCAUCUACACCACCAUCUACGGCGAGCCUACGCUGGUUCCUAACCCCCCCAGCAGCUCCAGCAGCACGUCCGUCGCCAGCGCCCUGCCAUCGGCACCUGCGAUCACCGAGGCCCCUGAGCAGCCCACGUCCACCCAGAAGCCUGUUGCGCUUGUCCCGACUCCCGUCCCUGAGCUCUGCCCUACUCCGGGUAUCUACAGCUUCCCGGCCACCACCCUCACCGUGAACCAGACCACCACGGUCGCCGGUUCUGAGGUCACCAAGGUCCCCGCCGGUGUUCACACCAUCGGCGGUGUCACAACCGUUGUUGUCAAUGCCACCACCGUCGUCUGCCCGUACGUCGCCGAGAGGACCGCGAGUGGCGGCGUCGUCACCGAGGUCAUCGAGACCACCACCUACGUCUGCCCUACCCCCGGCACUUACACGAUCGCUCCCAUCAUCACGACCGUGACUGCCCCGGCCAACUGCGUCUACCCCGUCGUCACCACGAUUAACCCCGGUAUCUACGUCCGCCCUCCCGUCGUGACCACCAUCGUCGAGACCGACGUUAUCGUCGUCUGCCCUUUCACCAGCCAGAACCCGGCUCCCACCAGCUCCGUCGUUGCUCCUGCACCCUCUAGCCCGGCUCCCGCGCCCACCACCGCGCCCCCCCAGCCUGAGCCCCCCGUCGAGACCCCCAAGCCUGAGCCCACCGUCGAUUCCCCCAAGCCUGAGCCUACCAACGAGGCCCCUGCGCCCACCGCUCCGGCUCCGGCUCCCGUUUCCACGACCCCCGCCGUCGUGACCCCCGAGCCUGUCUCCACCAUAGCCGAGACGUCAUCUGCUGCCGCCCCUGCCCCUUCCGCCCCCGCUACCGGCGGUGGCCUCGGCGGCAACAACGGCGACCACUGGGCCAUCACCUACACCCCCUUCUCUGAGGAUGCCUCUGGAUCCUGCAAGACCGCCGACCAGGUCGAUGCCGACAUCUCCACCAUCAAGAAGUCCGGUUUCCGCACCGUCCGUGUCUACUCCACCGACUGCAGCACCCUCGAGAACGUUGGCGCCGCCUGCGAGAAGUAUGGCCUCCAGAUGAUCAUUGGCAUCUUCAUCAAGGAGUCCUGCGACCCCAACUCGGCCGACGUUAAGAACCAGGUCGACGCCAUCACCGCCUGGAAGAAGUGGAGCAUGGUCGAGCUCGUCGUCAUCGGUAACGAAUGUAUCUUCCAGGGCCGCUGCUCCGCCAGCUCCCUGAAGCAGCUCAUCGUCUCCACCAAGGCCACCAUCACCGCCGCCGGCUACUCCGGUCCCUACACCACCGCCGAGACCGUCGGCGUCUGGCAGCAGUCGGACGUCAUCUCCGAGAUCUGUGACGUGAUCGACGUCGUCGGAGGUCAGAUCCACCCUUACUUCAACGCCGAUACCGCCGCCGCCGACGCCGGUACCUUUGUCAAGGGCCAGAUCGAGCUUCUUGAGAGCUCCCAGAUCUGCGGCAGCAAGCCCGCCUACAACCUCGAGUGCGGAUGGCCCUCCGGCGGUAACUGCAACGGUAAGGCCUGCCCCGGUACCUCUGAGCAGGCCACCGCCAUCGCCUCCAUCAAGGACCUCGCCGGCGGAAAGACCGUCUUCUUCUCCUUCCACAACGACGAGUGGAAGGACCCUGGCAGCUGCGGAUGCGAGCGCACCUGGGGCUGCGGCGACCUCUUCUCCUCUUAA